UUGUUGAUUAACGCUUGGAUUAAAACUUUAAUCCAACAUCGUAGAAACCUAAACACAAUGAAAAUCUAACUUAACAUGAAGACCUUCAUUAUUAUUUUAUUAACUCUCAUAAACAACGUCUUGAGCCCAACACCGUCGGUGAAAGAACGUAUCGCAAUACUGAAAAGUAAAUUACUUAACGAUGGACAUGCAUCUCACCCAUCAAUAUUCAAUUACUAUGAUGAAGCAAGUGACGAUUAUGAAAAUCAUGAUUUCCUUAUCGAGCCAAUAACAAGAAAUAGAGCAAAUAAGAAGUAUAAAUUUAAAACUAAAACAACACAAAUAACAAACGUAACAAAACAAAGUAAUCCACAAGCGAAACGUCAAGGAUUAAAACCUUUUUUAAAAUCACAAGCGAAUACAAAGAAAAAAGAGAAAUUAUUUCUUAAUCCGAUGGAUAUUUUCUAUAGAAGGCUUAUAGGGGAACAGUAUAAAGACGAAAAUUGGAGAUGGACGUUAUGCCAAGAUAUAAUAACACCUUUUUUAACUGGUGUAAAGAAAGGUCCGAUGGAAAUGACUAAAAUAGGAAUUAAACAUGCAAUACCGGAAAGAAUGUUCCAUUUAUUAAGCAUUAACAUGAGCGCAUACGCUAAAGAGGAUGUGUUCGCGUUGAUGUAUCAGAUAAGCAAGGUACAAAUUCGACUCUACCAAUGGGAUGUAAUGCCGAUAAGGGUCUUGAUAAAUUUACUAGUAAAAGGAAAGGCGCAUACUUUUCGUAAUUUAAAAGCAAGCAUGAGAGAAAUGUUUGAAAAUUGGCAUUUAGAUUUUCGUAAUUUGACGAAAAUAAUUGAACAAACUCGUAUUAUACGACCAGCUUGUACCGUAACAUCGCAAUAUACAGGUUCAACGAAAACUGCCAAAGUGUCAAGAUAUAAACAAUUUACGACAACGCCAAAUUCUUAGUUUCAGCCUGACCACUUUACAACUAUUGUAAAAAAUUUGUUACUGUGUGUUUCCAAUAAAUGUUCUAUACGCGCCAUUUUGUGACGUCAUAGCUCUCAAAUCCAAUAAAAGUAGAGUAAACA